AUGGGUGGUGAAAUGGAAAUAUCAGUGAUUUCAGCUGCUGAAGAACCUGUUGUGACACGUCCACUUUUUGCUUACUCUAAGAGAAAAAGGUUCUUAAGAUGCCUGAAGAAUACUUGGUAUUCCAUGGUACCAAGCAAAAGGAAGAUAAAUCUUUAUGUAACUCAACUUUUUGUGCUUCUUUCUCUUUCUGGUGCACUGUAUGGAGUUUUAUACAAAGAUAUUAUUCCUGGUACAGAAGCUUUUGCAUUGCUUUUGUUAGCUUUGCUGUCAUAUAUUGGAGGGAAAGUAUUUGGCUUCUUCUACUUGCCACCCUUGUUAGGCAUGCUAAUUGUUGGGUUUCUCUAUCGCAAUCUUACUUUUGUGAAGUAUUAUCCUGAUAUCGGCCAUAAAACAAUUUCAAGUAUCAGGGACAUUGCUCUGGUGAUCAUACUUCUUAGGGCUGGUCUAGGAUUGGAUGGGGAGAAAUUGAAAAAGCUUAAAAUGAUUGUUUUUAGAUUGACAUUUGUGCCUUGCAUAGUAGAAACUGCUUGUAUUGCUGUAUUUACUCAUCUCCUCUUGGACCUUCCAUGGAUUUGGGGUGUGAUGUUAGGAUUCAUAAUAUCAGCUAUAUCGCCUGCUGUUGUAUUGCCUAUUCUCUUAAAUUUAACGAGAAGAAAAUUUGGAGUUAGUAAAGGAAUUCCUACUCUAAUUAUUGCAGCGUCUUCAAUGGAUGACAUAUUAGCAAUUACUGGUUUUACUAUAUCGUUAAGCAUAGCUUUUUCAGAUGGUAAUUUAACUUUGACACUUAUAAAGGGGCCUCUAGAACCACUUGUAGGUUGUGCUGUUGGUGCUGUUUUUGGGGUUAUUUUCUGGUACUUGCCUAGUAAAGAAAGACAUCAGUCAUUUGUGAUUUACUACCAUGUCUUGCUGCUCUGUUUUGGAGGUAUAUCACUGAUGUUUCUGAGCAAGCGAGCUGGGAUACCUGGCUCUGGGGCACUUGGUUGCAUAAGUCUUGCAUUUGUAUCAGCCUUAAGAUGGCGAAAUGAGGAAGAGCAAUUUCAUGGAGUUGUUUCUGUUUAUGGAGUUCUUUGGGAGAUUUUACAACCAUUUAUGUUUUCCUUGAUUGGUGCUGAAAUUGCAUUCUCAACUCUCAAAAAUCAUGCUGGUUAUGGUGUCUUAGCUUUGUUCUUAGGCCUUUGCUGUAGGUCGGUUGUAACUGCGCUUGUUACAUGUGGAACAAAUUUAAAUAUAAAAGAAAAAAUAUUUAUUUGUUGUGCAUGGUUACCAAAAGCAACAGUUCAGGCUGCUGUUGGUUCUCAAGCGUUAGAUUAUGCUAGGCUUCAUAAUAAAGGUCAACGAUUUGAGGACUAUGGAAAACAGGUGCUUAAUAUUGCUGUGCUAUCUAUAGUGAUGACAGCACCAUUGGGCGCAGCUCUAACAACAUUAUUAGGCCCUUUGUUGCUUUCAAAAGAUGAUGAAACUGCUGUUCUGACGGAGGGAGGAAAAAGUGGAGCUGCAGCUGCAGAAACAGAAGCAAAAGAGCCUGUUAGCUUUGGUGCAUGUCACCAGUUGCAACCAUCUGAUAUCUUGCCGGGAAAAAAUACUGUAUAA